AUGGCGCCCAGGCCGUCGUCUGGGGAGCUGUGGGGGCUCCACCUGAUGCCCCCCCGCAUCCUGGUGGACUGCUGCUUGCCCAACGGGAUGAUGGUCAGUCUGGAGUGUUUGAGAGAAACUCCUCUCCUCAGCAUCAAGCAGCAGCUCUUCACUGAGGCCAGGAAGUACCCGCUCUACCACCUGCUGCAGGAGGAAUCGUCCUACAUCUUUGUGGGCGUGACCCAGGAGGCGGAGAGGGAGGAGUUCUAUGACGAGACGAGGCGGCUGUGCGACCUCCGACUGUUUCACCCGAUCCUGAAGGUCAUCGAGCCGCUGGGCAACCGGGAGGAGAAGAUCCUGAAUCGGGAGAUAGGCUUUGCCAUCGGGAUGCCGGUCUGUGAGUUCGAGAUGAUGAAGGACCCGGAGGUUCAGGACUUCCGCCGCUCCAUACUGAGUGUGUGCAGAGAGGCCAUGGAGGAGAGGGAGGGGGGGGCCCACAGCCAGGCGCUCUACGUUUACCCCCCCAACCUAGAGUCCAGCCCCCAACUGCCACAGCACAUCUACAGCAAGUUGGACAAAGGGAGGUUGAUCGUGACCAUCUGGGUGAUCGUUUCUCCUUCCAACUCCAAACAGAAGUACACACUCAAGGUGAAUCACGACAGUUUACCUGAGCAGCUGAUUGCAGAAUCCAUCAGGAAGAAAAGCCGAUCGAUGCAUCUUUCACCUCAACAACUUCGCCUCUGUGUCCAGGAGUACCAGGGGCAGUACAUCCUGAAGGUGUGUGGCUGUGAUGAGUACCUGUUGGAGAAGUUUCCUCUCAGUCAGUACAAGUACAUCCGGUCCUGUAUCAUCGUAGGACGUCUUCCUCAUCUGAUGCUCGUCUCCAAAGACAGUCUCUACUCUCAGCUUCCUGCCUCUGGCUUCGUCACGCCGUCAUACAGUCGUAGGACCCCCCAGCCGUCCCCCUGCCCGGGGGGGGGUGACGGGUCUCCAGCUCGGUGUCUCUGGGCCUUCAACACGCUGCUGAGGCUACGGCUGCUCUGCGCCACGUACGUCAACGUCAACAUCCGGGACAUCGACAAGAUCUAUGUGAGGACUGGUAUCUAUCACGGUGGAGAGCCGCUCUGUGACAACGUCAACACACAGAGAGUCCCCUGCUCCAACCCCAGGUGGAACGAGUGGCUGGCCUAUGACAUCUACCUGGCCGACCUCCCUCGCUCGGCCAGACUCUGCCUGUCUAUCUGCUCUGUGAAGGGAAGGAAGGGAGCCAAGGAGGAGCACUGUCCUCUGGCCUGGGGGAACGUGAACCUCUUUGACUACACCGACAUCCUGGUCUCAGGGAAAGUGGCUCUGAGUCUUUGGCCGGUCCCUCACGGCCUCGAGGAUCUCUUGAAUCCGAUUGGAGUCGCCGGUUCGAAUCCCAACAAGGAGACGCCCUGCGUGGAGCUGGAGUUCUCCUGGUUCAACCAGACCGUCGCGUUCCCUGACGAGCAGCAGAUAGAGGAGCACGCCACCUGGACCAUGAGGGGGCUGAGCAGUCGUCUGGCGUGUGACAGCAGUGUUCCAGCAGGAGAUGCUGAGCAGCUGCGUUCUCUCUGCUCCAGAGAUCCUCUCUACGAGCUCUCGGAGCAGGAGAAGGACUUCCUGUGGAGGCACAGACAUUACUGUGUAAACAUCCCAGAGUCUCUUCCGAAGUUGCUUCUCUCCGUCAAAUGGAACUCCAGAGACGAAGUGUCUCAGAUGUACUGCCUGCUGAAGGAGUGGCCUCUGAUGGAGCCUGAGUCGGCUCUGGAGCUGCUGGACUGUAACUUCCCUGACCCGAUGGUCCGAGAGUUCGCUCUGCGCUGCCUGGUCCAGGGCCUGACAGACGACAAGCUGUCCCAGUACCUGCUGCAGCUGGUCCAGGUGUUGAAGUACGAGAUGUACCUGGACAAUCCUCUGGCUCGCUUCCUGAUCAAAAAGGCUCUAACCAAUCAGAGGAUAGGACACUUCUUCUUCUGGCAUCUCAAGUCAGAGAUGCACAACAAGACGGUGUCGCGGCGCUUCGGGCUGCUGCUGGAGGCCUUCUGCCGAGCCUGUGGGAUGUACCUCAAACACCUCAACAGACAGGUGGAGGCCAUGGACAAACUAGUAAAUCUGACCGACACCCUGAAACAAGAGAAGAAGGAUGAAACACAGAAGACUCAGAUGAAGUUCCUGGUUGAGCACAUGUCUCGUCCAGAUUACAUGGAGGCUCUUCAGGGGUUCGUCUCUCCUCUGAACCCGGUUCACCAGCUGGGAAACCUCAGGCUCGAGGAAUGCCGCAUCAUGUCGUCGGCGAAGCGGCCGCUGUGGUUGAACUGGGACAACCCUGACAUCAUGGCCGAGCUGCUCUUCACCAACAACGAGAUCAUCUUCAAGAACGGAGACGACCUUCGGCAGGACAUGUUGACUCUGCAGAUCAUUAGGAUCAUGGAGAACAUCUGGCAGAACCAGGGCCUGGACCUGCGCAUGCUGCCGUACGGCUGCCUGUCCAUCGGUGACUGUGUGGGGCUGAUCGAGGUGGUGAAGAACAGUUUCACCAUUAUGCAGAUCCAGUGUAAAGGAGGCCUGAAGGGGGCGCUGCAGUUCAACUCCAACACCCUGCACCACUGGAUCAAAGACAAGAACAGGGGAGAGGCGUACGACCGGGCCAUCGACCUGUUCACCAGGUCGUGUGCAGGUUACUGUGUAGCGACAUUCAUCCUGGGAAUCGGAGACCGACACAACUCCAACAUCAUGGUGAAGGAGAACGGACAGCUAUUCCACAUCGACUUUGGUCACUUCCUGGAUCACAAGAAGAAGAAGUUUGGGUACAAGAGGGAACGAGUUCCCUUUGUCCUGACUCAGGACUUCCUCAUCGUCAUCAGUAAAGGAAUCCAGGAGUCGACCAAGACCAAGGAGUUCGAAAGGUUCCAGGAGAUGUGUUAUAAAGCCUACCUGGCCAUCCGGCAGCACGCCAGCCUCUUCAUCAACUUGUUCUCGCUGCUGCUCGGCUGUGGGAUGCCUGAACUGCAGAGCUUCGACGACAUCGCCUACCUGAGAAAGACCCUGGCUCUGGAGAAGAGCCAGCAGGAGGCGUUGGAGUAUUUCACCAAACAGAUGAAUGACGCUCAUCACGGAGGCUGGAGCACCAAGAUGGACUGGAUCUUCCACACCAUCAGACAUAUGCCCAACGAACACUGACGCACACACAGAUGCACACACAGAGACACACACAGAUGCACAUACAGAGACACACACACACACCACACACACACACACACACACACACACACACACACACACACACACACACAGAUGAGAUGUAUUAUCUGUGAUUGAUAAUGACCUUAGACUGACUGAGUGUGGAGGUGAGGGGUAAAUGCAGCAAAAUAUCCACCCUUCCUGGUUCGCUCAUCCAGGGGUGGGUCUCGGGGGGACCAGCUCCAGCCGGGGACCCCAAACUUCCCUUUCCCGAGCCACAUCAACCAGCUCUGACUGGGGGUCCUGAGGUGUUCCCAGGCCAAGUUAGAGAUAUAAUCACCCCACCUAGUCCUGGGCCGGGCUCCAGAUGGGGGCCCCAAGCACUACAUCUGGGCCUGGCUCCAGAUGGGGGCCCCAAGCUUUCUCUGGGCAGGGUCACUCUACCUAUUCCUUGUUGGGUCAAAGGGUUUUUGAACCAUUCUUUGUCUGGCCCCCAACCUGAGACUGCUUUGCCAUGGGAGACCCUACCAGGAGCACCAGGCUCCAGACUACACAGCCCUCAGGUCCAAAGGGAGACCCCCCCGCCCCCACACGAUGAGGUGAUGGUUCCCAGAGAAGCUUGUAGCAGAAGAUAUUCGUCUUUAACAAAACCGUAGCCUGUGAGGAUGAUGAAGGUGGUUGUCAUAGCAACAUGAAUCUCAGGGUCACAGGCAGUUGAGGCCAAAGGCAUGCUGGGAGAGGACGAUGUCGUAAAUGUCUUCCAGUCGGUGCUACAGUUAGCCUGUUAGCUCUUAUCAAA